AUGGCGGCGAUAGCGGGAAGUGGUCACGAUGUAACGUAUCUUGGACUUUUGGGCCUAGCAGAAACAUUCAGAACGUCUGACCCACCUAAGAUAAGACAGUGUAUACAGUGCCUUCAAUCUGUAUUUCAAUUUCAACCGUCAUCAGCAAUCCAGGCUGAAACGCAUGUACAACUUGGAAGGCUUCUUCAUUCGCAUACGAAAAAUAUAGACAUGGCCCGGUCACAUUUGGAAAAGGCGGUGAGUUUAAUUUCUAUUGAGUAAGAGAGCUGGUAGUAGUAUUAUUUUGUUUAAUUAUGUAAUUGAUCUUAAACUGAUCGCCUUGUGGAAGUCCGAUGAUUGAAAAUUCAUCGGAAGUGUGAUAACUUUGCCGUAACCGUAGCUUCACAGGUUUCACUGGUUAGCAUUGUUGCUUCAUCGGUUCUAUCAUAUUUUGACUUCUAACAUUUUUUCGUUCAACAGGUCGUUCUAGCUCAAUCUGUAUCCUUUUCAAUUCACAUGCUGGUGAAAUUCUAUGCAAAAUGUGUGGUGAAAGAGUCCUAGUAAAAUUCAUCAGGUUUGAAAUAAAAAUAAGAUUACACAAACGAUUGUCCACAAGAUUACAGCAUUUCUUUACUUAACUCCGAGUCAGCUGGGAAUUGGUUAUGAAGAAAUUCGGUUGGAAGCCAUGUCCGUUUUGACAGAAAUUUAUAAAGAACAGGUACAUUUACUGAGUAGAUGUUUAUGAUAGUUAUUGGAGUGAUAUUUAUGAUUACAUCAACAAGGUUAUACAACCCAAUUUGUUAAUAAUUGUUUAAGGGCCUAGCUAUUUAAUACCAUGGCAUUGAUUAUGUUUUUUAAACAGUGAGUUCACUUUUAAAUAUUAAUUUUCAGAGCCAGUAUCAACUAGCAAAGUCUACUCUGCGGCAGGCUCUAGAGGUUGCCCAUGCCAGCAUUUUGCCUUUUUGGCAAUUCAAGAUCACUUUCCAGUUAGCUGUAAGUUUUGUGAUAGGCUGAAAUAUUAUGAAUGGCUACUCUGUCACAUAAGGAAAUAACAUGUAUGUCUGUAUAUUUAUGAAGUUACAUGACCUGUGUGUGGUAGCAAAAAUAUUUUUAUGUUGACACAUAGUUCUUUGAGCCUGGCUGGAGAAACCAGGGCUGGAAAUGCAUCUUUUGUAGCAUGGAAAUUAGCAAACUAGUUUUUCAGACAUGGAAGUGCUAAGAGAUAAAUAUUUAAAAGUAUAGGGAAAAAGUGAAGAAAAGUCUUCAUCUGGAGCUGCAGUAAGUGCUUACUGCAAUUUCACAAUGAAUUGCUUGUCAGUUUGCCAUAUUUUGUGUGAAUUGUUCACAAUCUAAAAUGGUGUGUUAGUCACUCCACUUUUAUAUUAAGAGAAUUAAGUGUACUUGAUUAUAGCAUUAAUAUUGUCCAUGUACUGAACCCUUUGACUUCCAUGAGUGGACAAGACAGAGUUUCUCCUUACAAUAUCAAUAUAAUGUUAACCAGAUAAGUGAUGAGAAUAAAGAAAAAUAUCAAUUUGGGGAUAAUUAUUUGAUUCGAUACUAAAUUUUCUUUUCUUUCUAAAUUAUAAGAAUCAUACAGUUGACAAUAAGGAGAAUUAACAAUUUGAUCUGGGAGUUAAAGGGUUAAUAGAUUAAUUAUAACUUCUAUUAACCCAUUAAUUCCCAGAAAUGAUAAACAAGUAACUUCUCCCUACAAUAUCCAUGCAAUAUCCAGCAAACAGGUAAUGAGAAUACUCAAAUGUGUCAGGUAGAAGUUGUUUUCUCAUUCCAAUCAAACAACAAAUUCUUGUCACUAAUUCACAAGGAAAUGUGUAGCAGCUAGAGGGGAGAAUUAACAAUCAGAUCUUGGGAGUUAAAGGUUUAAGAGUUACUCUGCAACAAAGCUUGCAGUGUAAUAUCAUGGGUACAUUUUGAGUCUUAAAAAGAAGUAAUUUGAAUUUUGCAGAGAAUUUCUUACUGGAAAUAUAAUUGUUGAUUUAUUUCAGGAUGUGCAUGCGAAUGACAAAGAGCUAAAGGCUGCAACAGAAGUCCUGGAAAUGGGAGAGAGAUUUGCAGAACAGUGUUGUUCACAUUACAUGAAGUGAGAAAUUUGCAUUUUUACUAUAUGUCCCACUUUAAUAUUAAUUACAUGCUCUAAUUGGUAGGAAUAAAGGAAUUACAUGAAAUCCAUCAAUAAAUUGUUUUUCUUUUGGUCAUUUUGGUUAAACGGAAUGGUUAUGUGUCAGUACAUGUAGAUUACAUAUUUUCAUAGUUUUGUUAUGGUUCAUCAUUUCAGAUGACACUUGUUUAAAUCAUGUAAAUUAAACUCCACUGCAUGCACUUAGUUAAAAAUUUUCAAUUGGAAAUUAGAAUUUGAAUGAACUGAUUUUGAUCAUUUUGUUUCAGGUGUCUUUUUGCAUUGAGCAGAGCUAUGGUAUGAUUCUCAUAACUUACUUUUUCCAAUUGUAGAAUAAUUUCAGAUGUGGUUUACUUGUUGAUUUUAAAGUAAGGGCAGAAGAUGCAAGAAUGCAUUCCUUAACUUUUGAUAUCUAAUUUUCUUGGAAUCUUUUCCUUUUGUAAGGAAAAAUAAAGUUAAUGUUACUGUCAAACACAGAAACCCAUAAACUUGUAAAGUAAUGAGCUGUGAUGGGGUUUCGGCAAAGGUGGGGAAGGGAAGGCUCAAGGAGCAUUCACCAGUGCUGUUUCUCAAUUAAUAAUGUAUAUGAAAAAGUUAUGUACAUUUGAUUGGCUGAAAACAUGUGCUUUUUCAUGUAACAUGAGUGCAAAUUACAGAUAGUGUGCAUGCUCUGCCAAAAUUUCAUCCAUCUUGACUUUCUGUGAUGGGUUUUUCAUGUUAAUUACUAACAAGUAACAACAUGAUUUUGAGUGCAAUUUGGUGCAAAUAAACACUUGUAAAUUUUUCAAAGACUACAAAUCAUGUUACUUAUUACCUAUAUUUGCUUUGCUACCUUGCUUGUACUUCAUCUACCUCCCUCCUUUGGGUAUUUUGGGUCAGUAAUCAUUCCACACACUGUUUUGUUGGUGUUUUGCUGACAGGGGCUCAAAACAAAUAUUGCUGCUAAAAAUAUUGCUGUAAUCCUCUGUUGCUACCCUGACAGUAUCUACCCUCCAAGACAAUUGACUCAAUGUUUGAAUAAUUUCUUUUUGCCCUUUUUUAAAUCAGGGCAAUUGUUGGUGAGCUCUGUAUACAGUAUACUGUUUAAUCUCAUUAUUGAUGAUGUAUCUUUGCAUUUGUUUUUCAAUAGGCAUUUAUGAUGAUUAAAGAAUUGAAUCACGCAACUUCCAUCUUGUCCAUGAUUGCAAGUGUUUUGGAACGAUGGAACAUUUCAAAUUAUCAGCGAGAAUCAAUCCAUGUGUUUUACUUAUUGUUAAGAGUGUGGACCUUUUUAAAACUUGGACAGGUAAAAAUGUACACUUCUGCAUAUUGUUGUAGUCCUUUCUCCUUAUGGAAAGGUACACACUUAUAUGGUGUAUUAAUGCAACAGUUUUUGAUGAUUGAAAUUAAUAUUUUUUGCAGUUAGCAUGAUCAAAGUUACAUUUUUUAUUAUUUUACCACCACUUUCAGUGUUAAUAAAAAAUAAAAAAAAUUGUGUCUACUUGUGAAAAAGACUGAGAUUGCAAUCAUUUGCCGUAUUCAUUCUUUUUACAGGCAAAGAGUGUUCGACCACAUUUAAAGCAACUGCAACAAUCAAUACAGCUUUUGACAACUCUCAGUUUGGAUGGUAUGUUUACUUUAAUUUAAUAUGAUUUUGUAGGUAAAGUCACAGGUGUCUACAGUGCUGUAUGUGCCACUGACAAGUAUUACUUUGUUAUAAACUGGUAGUACAACAUUGUUAACAUUCUAAUGAUCUGCUUAUUGUUAGAGUCAAAAUCAAUAAGAAUUUUUUUGUGGAAAAGAUUUAUUUCUUCUACUUUAACAUGCAUAAUUUUUCCAGUGGGAAGAAGUUACUAAGGGACAGGUGACUGAUUAGGAAAAGUGGAAAACAACGAAGAUGGCAUCAAAACUCAUCUAACUAUGUAAAUAGAGUCAGUGCUUGAUUUAACUUUGCCUUUUUGAUUUUAUUUUUGCAGAAUCACAAAUCCAUGAGGCAGAACGCUUUGAAUGGCUCACUAAAGAACAUCUUUGUGUCCUGGUUUAUUUGGUAAGAGUCUAAUAUCCAUCUCAUUUGUGAGACAUAGUUUAAUACUCGAUGUAACACCAGUAUAAAUAACAAAGAGAUUGAACUGUCUUGUGCAGAUUUUAGCAUUGAUUAUCUAACCUUUUAUACCUGAACAUCAAAAUGCAAGUUCUCCUUAUUCUUCUCUAUACAUUUGCUAUGGUCUUCACAAGAAGAAAUUUGUCCAACAAUAAGAGCCCUUAAUGUUCAUUUUUGAAGAGAUACCGUUGGGAGAAAUAAGAUGCUUAUCAGUCUUGGGGGUUUCAGGGUUAAAUUAAACAAUGUAUGGUAGUUAGGAAACUUAAGUAAGGAUAAAUCCCUUUUUAUUGAAUACAUUGUGUUCCUUGGACUCUCUGUUCCUUUUACUGUAAAAAAAUUUAAUAGAGAAACAGAGAGAACAUUGUAAAAAAUGUUGUGGCAAAUUUGUUAUUUUCUUGAUUUUUUUCUUGUAUUUUUCCUACACAUUAAUUUGCAUUAAUUCUUUUCAUUUUUUCACACAUCAUUUCUCCACCAUUAUUUGUGGUUUAGGUAAACUAUGCUGCCUUAUACAUUUCAUGUUUCAUGCCCCUUUUAGCGGUGUGUUUUAUUUGUGCUUCUAUGUUUACAAACCUUUUCCCUGUGAGUGUUUUUGUGUUUUGUACAUUUCCUCAGCAUUUGGAAUUUACUUCUUCACAUGCACCUUGCAGAGUAGUAAAUCAACUGCAGAGUAAACUGAGUGGGUUUAAUUGAAGUGGGCCCUUGUCUCUGCAUAGAAUAUAGAAAGGAAAUACUUAACCUUUGAGUCUGCACUAUAACACUGUCAAUAACUUUUUACUCUUUAUAACUGCAUUGUUGAAAUAUUCAAGGUAACUGUAAUGCACUCCAUGUAUUCGGGGUCUAUGGAAAAGGCAAUCAAAUACAGUGAGAAGGCUCUCCUUCAAGUGCAAAGGUUAAAAGGUGAGCAUGUUUUUCAAUUUCAAAUGUAUUAUUAUUGUAACUGUUGUACAUGCAUGUUAACAUGCAUUGACGUACAUGUACAUGUAGUUUUAAGUUGACUUUGAAAAAGAAAAGAAGACUUUUUUACUUUCAGUUUAUACUCUGGGUUAGGAUCUCAUUGACAUCUGCCAUAGAUGUAUUUACUGUGGCUGUAAGGUUCUUAAUGAACAAACUUCACUAAACAGACAAUUAGUGAAGUUUGUGCUCCUAACAAACAGUUAGGAGCACAAAGAUCUUUGGAAUUCUAAAUUUUCUUGUACAAAUCCUUAGAGUUUCUGAUUCAAAGAAUGUCUUAUAAUGUAUAUGUCAGAUGUAGAUGUCAAUGUUUUGAAGGAUCUUGUGGAAGAGUUAAAUGUUUUUUUGUGUGUGUUACUGUCUACAGCUGCUGAACCAAUCUCUGGACUGUUGUCAACUUUUAAACUGGUGCUUCUAGAACACAUGAUUCUUUGUAGAAUGGUGCAAGGACAGAUGCCACAAGCUAUAAAAGAGGUUCAUUUUGCUAUCUCUGUUGUAUUUGCAAUAAUUUUUGAAUGAUUGCUAUUGCAUGAAUAGCCUGUCCUAGGCAUUCAGUUAAUAAAACAGAGCCUGAUAACAGAAGGCAAAAUUACAGUAGUGACAGAGCAAAAAAAUGGGAAAAGUAAUCUGUAUCCUUUUUUUUUUCAUUUAUUUAAUAUCAUGUUCUGUUUUUCAAACUAAAGGCCAAGAAGAUUUACUUGUGUUUAUGUGUCAAACAAUUUCUUUUUUGUGUUAAAUUCAGCUCACCAUAGAUUUUGCAUAAAAAUUUGCCUGAGUGUAUGUAAAAUAAUUGUACAUUUUACUUACUCAUUAGAAUGAUGUAUUUACUGAUUUACUGACUGACUGACUGACUGACUGACUGAGUGAUUGAUCAACUGACUGACUGACUGACUGACUGACAUACCAACUGACUAAUUGAUUCUUUGAUUUUUUUGGUUUUAGAUUUCACAAGUUUAUCAAAUUGCUCAACAAGAUGGAAAGUUUUUAACAGCCCAUCAAUCUGUCAUUCACACUCUUUUGGUACAUUUAAUGAUGAUCGUUUAUUGCUUUUUAUCAUUUUUCUAUUGUUACCAGUAUUGAAUAAAUCUUUUUCCACCCUAAUCCAAGUGAUGGUCACCAAAAAACAAAGACUUUAUAAUCAUGUUACUUUCUCUUUUCAGGGUUUAUAUGCAAUGUCCAUGAAUCUUAUGGAUUCAGCAGUGGCACAAUUCAAUGUUGCCUUUGAGGUAUGUACAUUGUAUGUGCAGGGCUUCUUGAAUGUAAGUUGACAUUCUCCACUCAAAACUCAAUUCUUUAUUUUUGAAACUUUUGAGAAUCAAGUUUUGGGGCUUGAGUUUCCUGUUUGGAUUUUUCAAAAAUUGAGUUUUGAAGAACUUUUCAAACUUCAAGAUUUUGAUGAUCAGCUGUAAGGAAACAGUUAAUUUCAUUUUAAAACAGUAGCUGUGAAUUACAUUUAACAUGAAAUAUCAUGAUUGCUCUGAAGCUUGUAUACAUAUGUGUAGCUUAAUUAAUUGUCAUUCAGUGACAGCUCAUAGCUAUUGAAGAUGUAGAUGUCAACUCAGGAGAUGCUAGCUCAGUACUUUUACCUUUAGACCAGCAGAGAGCCAGAACUGAGAAAUUUCAUUGGUUUGAAUAUGGCAAUUAUCUACAUUCGAUCUGGAAUGGGAGGAAAUCAAAAUAUAAAGGUAGGGAAAGUAAAACAGAACUAUUUUUUUUCCUUUGGUGUUGAUGACUGAAGUUGCUUCAAGGUAUGAAGCCUUGGUUAUAUAUUUUUUCUCUCUCAGCUGAAAAGAGAUGGUUAAAUUUCCAAACACCCUUGAUACAUAAUGAGUAUCUUUAGGAAUUUUUUACUUUGGUCAUUUCUUACCAGAUAUGCUAUGUUGAUUAGAUGUUAUGAAUUUUCUUUGCAGCUCCAAAAUCUUUUAGCAAAGAUAAGACCAGAUCAGCUUCCUUCAGGGUAAAGACAAAAUCAUAUGUUAAGUUUAAUUUCAACAACCUUGAAAUAUGUGUUUUCAGUUUCACUGUUUUUCUUUGCAUAGUUUUCUACUGAGUGCAUUUAAUUGCUGUAGCUUCAGUAUUCUAUUUUUUUUUCCUUUGUUUUGGAGUUUUCAUGUGUAUGGUUUUGGAGUUCUCAUAUGUAUUGUUACUGGAACAAACCAAAUGAAUCACAAAUGUAUAAUAAUUUUUAUAAGGAAUGGUUCAAAAUAAUGAGUUUCAAACCUUCAAAUUUUUUGGACAUGAUGAUCUUUAUAGAAGUGAAUGACUACUGUCGGUAUUUUGUUGUCUCAUGGUAUGUAGUCAUUACCGUUAAAUUGUAUUGAUUACAUUGUUUUGACUGCUCUACUAUCAGCAAAACGUUGCAAUGGACAAUAUUGAUGUUGGCUCUACAUUGCAAAAGUUAUAACCUUGAUCUGUGUAACAGAGAUGAAUACAAACACAUCUUGUAAAUCUACUAUACUUGUUUGUAGUUUUUUUUUUCUUUUUUUUUUACUUUGAACAUCCAUUAAUUUUGUUAUUAGGGAGUAAUUUGUGUGAAAAAGAAACCAUGGCAUCAUGAAUUUAAGACUGGAAAUUGCAAUCCAUUUUUUUUUAAUUAUAAGAGCUUGUUUAGUUCAAAAUGAAUUGUAUAUUGGUAUGUUUUUUUAUUUUUUUUAUUUUUCUCAUGCCAAGGUCAUACAGUCACCAGGCAGGUUACUACUAUAUCAGAGGAUUGCAAUCAUUCUUUGAUUCACAUUUCAUGGAUGCCAAGUAUGUUUAUGGUGUAAAUCAUUAUGUUAUGUUGCAAUUCUUUUCCUUUUAUUUUUCAUAUGUUGUAAUUUUUUUAGCAGGUAAAUUUAGGCAACUCAGAUUUCUCAUGAUAGUUUUGUUAUUUGCAAUUUUUUCGACAGAAAAUACCUGCGAGAAACUUUAAAGAUGGCAAAUUCUGAAGAUCUCAACAGACUAACAGCUUGUUCAUUGGUCUUGCUAGGAAGCACAUUUUUAUCUCAAGGGAUUACCCAGGUUAUGCAUUGCUUGUUUGUUUGCUUGUUUUUUAUUUUGUUUUGUUUUUAUUUUAUUAUUACAUGUAUGAUGAUCAUCAUCUUCAUCAUUAUGUAUACAUUUUUUUAUUCAUUCACUUGUUUAUUUUUGACAUAUUUAUUCACUUAACAUUUAUUUACUAAUUUAAGGAGGCCCUUGACAUGGCUUUGCCUGCAAAUCAACUGGCUGGCCGUAUACCAGACUCUUACAUUAAUAUGUGGGCUGCAUCACUACUGAGAGGUCAGUGAAAUAAUCAAGUUGAUAAUAUACGUAAAAAUUAUGCACGUCUGUUUGGCUGAAAACUAGUGCAUUUUUCAUGUAACAUAAGUGCAAAGUUAUAACACAAGUCCAAAGUUGUAACAUGAGUGCAAAGUAGUAACAUGAGUGCAAAUUGCAAAAAGCAUGCCUGCACUGCCAAAAUUUUAUCUGUCUUGACUUUCUGUGAUGUAUUUUUCAUGUUAAUUAUUAACAAGUAACUAAAUGAUUUUAUAUGGAACGUGGUGUAAAUAAGCACUUAUAAAAUUUUCAAAGACCACAAAUUGCACUUGGUGGAGCAAUUUUGUUAUCUUUGCCAAUUUACUUGUGCUCAUUAGCACAAAAUUACACAGUUUGAAAUCAUGUUGUUACCUAUACAUGUGCUACAUGUAAUUGAAAUUUAAAGACAAUUUGAUUGAGGUAUUAUUAAAUAAAUACAUGUACAUGUAGAUCUGCUUAAAGGUGUGCAAAGGAGUUAGUUUUACAUUAUUAUAGGGUGAUGCAUGGAGUUCUGGUAGAGCCUUCUAUGUGAUGGUUGUUAGAUCUCACAUAGGGUUUUUGGUGAUCUUUAUCCUUAUGGGAGGGGGUAGGGAGGGGGUAGGGAAGGGGCAGGCAAGGGCAGGGAGGGGCAGGCUUGAAGAAUAACAAAAUGGCCUUAAUGCCCUUGAUACAUUCAAAAAAUGGGAAAAUUGUUGGCAAGGUAUGUUUUCUGUCUAGAAGUACAGCAGCACAUGUUCUUAAAACUUACGUGGAGGGCUUUAUAUUGGGUUAUAAUGAUUUGUUAUCAUCAGAUCUGUAUGGAAUCAUGGGUGACCCUGUUUCUGCCAGUGAAUACUAUCAGCUACACAAUAGCCUUACCAAGCAAUUGUUGGAAAGUAUGUAAUUGUCUAAUAAUGCUGUUGAUUGUGUUGAAUUGUAGUCUUUGUGUUAGUAAAAUACACCAUUUCAAGUUAAUUGUGAUUCUCAAAGACACAUAAAUGAUUUUAAAACUUGAUAUCAAGGCCCGUACUGAUCAGAAUGUCAUCAGUAUUAUUGAACAAUAUGGUCAAUUAUCAAUGAUGUUUUGAUAUUUUAGUAUUCAAAAUAAUUUGUUAAACUUUACAUAGCUGCUAGAUUAUGAUCCCUUGUGGUAAUUUAUAAUAUAAAGUGAAAGUUCUUGCUUGUUUCUCAUGGAUGGACUGAGAUUUUUUAUUGCUUGUUUGUGAAGUGCAAAUAGUACUUUGUUUUGUAAGUUUAAGUUUUACAUUUGCAUUUUAUCUCUUUCUCUCAGGUCAUAUGCAAGCUGGUCAGAUGCCAGAGCACAGACUUACUGAGGUUCAGUGGAAUGAUUUCCUUCAUUGAUAACAACAUUUAUUUGAUUAAAUGAAUGAUGUGUUGUGAGUACUAAGUAAACAGACAAAUAAGCAGAAGUGAGGCACACAUAUCCAUACACUUGUAAAUUUGUGGGCUCACUAGCAGGUGAUGUACAUGAUUGAUUUGAGUGCAGGUGGCAUUUUUUUAUUGUUGGGCAGUUUUAAGGAUUUUUUUGUGCAAGAGAACACUAUCAUGUUGCUGUUUUGGUGGUGUUUUCUCAGAUUACUUCUCAAAGUGCAUUUUCUCAAAUACUUACAAUUUGUUUAGUUUUAAAACUUGUAUGUGUAUUGUAUUACCUUAUAGUGGCUUGGUGGUAUCAGCCCUUCAAGACAAUCUGCAACCAAGCAGACAACAGGUCUGCUAACAACCUUUCCUCAAGCUGGGCCUAGUAGCAUGAUGUAACAUCCUUGGAUCUGGACUUGUCUCAAAUGAGAGAACAGUUGAUUGGUGCAUUGUGAUAAAAUUUCAUUACUUAUCCACACUGAAAAUAUAUAGCAAUACUAUAGAAACAUAGACAUAUGUGUAUGUUCAUACAUGUAAAUGUUUUCAAAUACCCUUUUCCAGAUUCCAAAUGGUGGGAUGGUUAUCAUCAUCAAAUGUUUGUCAUGAAUAGUUUUCAUUGGCAUCUCUUUAUAAAUAGUGACAUCCUUAGUAUGACAGUUUGAGUUUUUCAAGACGAUUCUAAUUUUAUGACUCAAUUUGUUCACCUAUCCAUGAAUCUGUAUAUUACUUGUGAGAUCCAAGCAUUUCUACAUUGUUUUCAACAAUGGUGUCAUGGAAAACUGCAGACCAUAGGAUAACCAAGAAACAACUACUUUACUCUGUCUGACAGUGGCAUUAAAAGGAUUGUUGUCACCAUAUACAAACACUUCAUAAUGCACAAAGCAUUGAUGGACUUUUUUCAUGAAGACUUCUCUCAUUAAUUUUCAUAAAUAUUUUUUUAAUUUGAGCACAAGUACAAAAUAAUUUAAUUUGAGAGAAUAUGUAAAUAUGUACAUAAAUAUAUACCUAAUUUAUAAAUAGUCUUUCUAUUACUUAAAAUCAAAAUCAAUCUGAAUUGUCAAAGCAAGUGAUGAAAUCCAAACAUGCGCAUGCAAUAAGCUAGUGAAAGAGUAACUUUUUCAUGUACUAUUAGUUUUUACCAAUUUGCUGCUUGCCAUUACAGGAAGUGAAUAUCACUGAAGGUUGGUCCACCUAAAGUAAGCAAGUCCCCUCUUUUCCUCCAAACCCCUUCCCUUAGCCUUUGCUGUAAAUGUAGUUCCAGAAGCAAUUUUUUGUGCAACAGGUCUUUUCUCAUCUUUUGCCCAAAAACUGAAACAGGGACUCCUUGCAUAUUGAAAGUUUUUUUUUAAAUUAAGAAUGGGGAAGUCCAAAGGAUUUGUUCUUCAUAGUUAUGUUAGUUCCCUUCAAACUGAUGAAUCACCCUGUGUACAACAAGUUUAAAGUUGUUGAUAAUUUCUGUCAGUCAGGAUUUUAUUUUACACACCCUAGUAGACAAUUAUGAAAGAAUCUGUAUGUUUACACUGUGUUUAGUGCCAUCCUUCAGUCAUGUUUGCCAAUAAAAAUUGUAAAGCAAAUUUCAGUUAAGAAUCAGUGAAAUUGCCUCCCAAGCAAUGUAAUGGUAUAGCUCUAAGACAAAAAUGAGAAGGGUUUUACUGAAAUAAUCACUGAAUUAGCCAAGCUGCACAUUAUCAGCAGUACUGGUAAUUUUAUAAAAAUACUGUAGCAAGUGAGAUGGCUCCUCCCAUAAGCUUGGGGGGGGACUUUAGGUCUUCUCAUGUAAUAUUAUUAUCAUGCUGUAAAUGUAUUUAUUAUUAUGGUUAAAGAGGCAAAUAAAAUUAUGACGAUGAAGUGUUCCUGAAGUUGUUCUUAUCUUAUAGGAAAGGUGUCUCAACAAACCCUUAAC